UUUGACGCAUGUGCCGUAGUGGAAAUAUUAUUCAAAAACUAGUAGUUUCUAUGACACGCCAUCGCAUGUUGGGAGGCGACGUUUCGGGUUCUCCCAUCUAUUUCUUUCCCCUCUAUCAUUCAAACUCGUUUCAUUUUUACAGCCUAACCACGGAAUGACGGAGAUCAGCCUUGUCCUACAAAAACUUUCUUUCUUUCUUUCCGCUUUGGGUUUGUCGUUACAGUCCGAUCGACAUCUCUCUCUCUAGCACGCAGCUGCACGCCUUUUGCGGCAAUCACGGAUUGGCGAAUUAGCGGACGAUGUUUUCCUAUCUGUCGAUGCGUCACACAGGAAUAGCCGAGCUCAAUGAAAUCGGUCAUGGCAAAAGAUCUCAACCCGGCGAGUCCUUGGCAGUAAAUUAUUUGUUUAUUUUUAACCGGCUAGGCAACAGGCCGCCGCACGGCGCCACAUCUAGUGAGAAUUCAGUAGUAGAAGUAGCUAGUAGUAUAGUCGAUUGGGUGACACCCAUUUGGUGUAGACAACUCCACUAGUGGUUUUUUUUUCUUUUUACGAGUUGUGGAAAUUACCGCAAGUGCUUUCGAAUCUUUGACUUUGACGUCACCAUCCCGCACAACGUGAUCCGAAUUGAUGGAUGAGAUAAUGAAGCCAAGAAAGAAGCGAACGACAAAUGAAACGGGGGGGAUGCGUAAGUGAGAAAGGAAGGAAAGGAGAGACUUGGAACUCUCCGGUUCUCUUUGGUUGGGAGUUGUGCAGCCGAAAAAUGAUUGCGUAGUUGAAUCUCGGGCUUUUUUGGGCUCUGUGUUGCCUCAGUUGUUGGCAGCGGGUCAUCCUAGCCAGUUGUCAUGGCGGAAUCGUCGCUGUCGCGUCCCAGAAGAGGCUUGCAAAGCAGAUCCCUGCGGAAUCGAGUGGCCGAGAACGUUCGAGGCUUUCUGUUUUUCAUGACGUUGUGGUCGGCCGAAUCGACAGCCGCCAUUCUUCAUCAACGAAAAACUCGACGAACCUAUAAAAUCAAACGAGGCCAUGUCCGUUACGGAAACAAGUGGAUUCCACUACACAAAUUCCGGCGCAUUCAGGACGCCAGCCUCGACAUGCGGGGCCAGCCGUACAAAGCUGAGAUAUUUGCCCGUCAAUUGCAAGAUGACGGAGGGCCGUCUAGACAGCAGGCUCGUCGCAACUCGGAUCUAUGUGUGUCGUGUAAAAACGCUGUCUUUCUUGCCGAACGAUUGAUGGUGAAUGGUCGUCUGCACCACCGUGUGUGUUUUCGUUGUGCUCGUUGUCAAUCUCAGCUUAGCCUUGCCAAUUACUAUGAAACAGAACAGGAACAAUAUUGUUGCGAAACUUGUCCGGAUGAAGUUGCCGCCGUCUCCAACCCCACACAACCCAUUGCGUCUAAUCAAGUGAGCUCCGAUCCAGCAAGUGCCAUAGAGACCACGCCCGACGAGACGUCGUUGAGUGUGCGAAAUGUGGUCGAAUCUGUUGCACGAGAGGAGGAGCUUGAACGGGUCUCCACUCCGCAGCAGCGAAGUUUUCUCGACAGCAUGGUAUGCGCCAUUGACGCUCCAGUGGUAGAAGUGACACGUGACUCGCAGCCCGUGUUAGUUGAACAUGAUAAAAAUGAAGCUAUUAAUGAAGAGGACGACUCGAAACUGCUGCUGGUGGCCCUGCCUGGUGAUGUCAGUGUUCAAAUACCAGAUGCCGUCACAGAAACGCGAGACGUUACAGUCGGCGAUCCAGUUGAAGAAAGCCAAGUUGUUGAUCAAGUUCCUCAAGAGGGUCUCGCUGACGGAGAAUUACAAGUUGCACAAGGCACGGAAUUGUCGAUAAUUAGUGAUAAAGAGUUGGAAGCAUGCCAUGAAAUUGUUAAGCCGGAGAAUGCGCCAGAGACGGAAGAACUGGCUAGUAAGACGGAUGAGAAGACUAGCCCAGAUUUGGCCGUGUCGGUUCACUUAGCGAAUGAAGAAGAUGAUGAAGCCGCCGACAAUGGCGAUCAUGUCAAAUUAUCAAGCACUGAACCUGCACAAGAUGAGGAGUCAGUGAAUACGCCAGAUCAAGAAAAAGAAAUUUCAUCUCCGUUCGCAUUACCUGUCGAGAUUCAAGUGACGACAGCAGAAGAGGAAGAAGUGGAAAUCGUCGUUGUUCCUAAGCCACGGCGGCGGAAGAGCAAACGAUCGUCCACACCUCAAAGCAAAAUUCUUAAUAGGUCGAUCGAUGAAUAUCCAGACGAACUGAAUCCUUUCGACGAUGAACCGCCAGUUGCGGAUUCCAAAUCGGAGCCUGUGGAUCAAAGCUCGUCCUUCAGCUCUGGCGCCAAUCAAGACACGCCCAAAAAAGUGUUAAGCGCUCCCAAAAUUAGUCUCAAUCCAUUUGGCAGCGAUGACGAGGAUGAUGAAGAAGAGAGCAGCAGAAGCGAUCAGGGGAAAUCAGGCGAGAAGGUUCGGCCUGGUAGACCUCCUCCACCCGUACUCAAAUCACCGACGCAAUCGUUGAACGUGAAUCCGUCGCCGUCACCUAAAAAACGGCCAGCACCUGCUCCACCCCCUCCGAAGCCUCAGAGGACACCAGGUUUGAUAACCGGUAGUGAAACGGGAUCUAUUUCACGGCGGAAGUCCGCUCCACCACCCCCGAGUGUCGACACCUCAAAAUCUCCGGUUCCAGCUCCUCGAACUGUGACGGGAGUCGCAACUACACCGAGCCCCAAGCCACGUCUAAUUUCGGCCGUGUCUCCUACGCUACCACCGUUCCCAAGUCCGUCCGAAAAAGCCCACAAAGACUUGUCAAAUCUGCACUUGCAAUGCGGUGUCAAUAAAGAUUCUCACGGCCAGUGGAAAAGAAAGAAAGGUCCAGCUCCACCUCGACCGUCUCCCCAAAAACGCCAACUAAGGAAAUUGCCAUUAAAGGGAAUCCAACAGGAGUUGGACGAUAUUGAGAUUAAACAAGUGGAACUGGAGAGACAGGGAGUCAAUUUGGAACAAAACAUUCGAGAUUUAACUGAGCCGGAAGACGGAAGUGAGCCUACCAGUGAAGGCAUUCAUAUCGAGGAAAUGAUCCUGCAGCUGUUCGACUUGGUCAACGAGAAAAAUGAACUUCUCCGUAGACAAACAGAACUAAUGUACCUCCGGCGACAGCAGCGACUUGAAGAGGAGCACGCUGAACUUGAAUUCCAAAUCCGCUGCUUGUUGGAGAAGCCAAAUGGUGAGAAAACUGACGAAGAUCGGUUGAAAGAGGAGGAACUGAUUAAUCGGCUAGUCCAGGUGGUCCAUCGACGAGCUGAGAUUGUUGACUGUUUAGAAAUGGACAGACGACGUCAGGUGGAGGAGGACGAAAGCAUUCAACAACAUCUUGACGUGUUCAACAGUCGGGGGGCUAUGUCGACGGCUGCUGAAAGCCAAACUAUUCAAGCGUCUCCUUCCAAGAUCAAAAGCAAAAGCUUGAAAUUGAUUCAAUCGCCGAUCAAGUUAAUGAAAAAAGAUAAACUCCUUAGAAAGUCGAAAAAGAACAAGGUCGAUGCUGACAAGGAAGUCGAUGAAUCUGAAACGGCUAGCACAUCAUCGCCGCCACAAAGUGCCGCCGCUGAUGCAUCAAUCUCACCUCCAAGCAAACCAGCUAGCAAGGAGAAAGAGAAACACAAAACAAAAUCAUGGUUUGCCAAGUAGAAAUGUAUUCAUUUCCAGUUUGUACUGUCUCUUUACCCACAUCUUUCCUAUUGAAUCAUGAGGUAAUUCACACACAUUAUUUUCGUUCGUUUAUUCGCUUUUUUGUGUAGGUUCUAUAUAUGCAGUUUUGUCUUUAUUCAUUCCGUUAUCUAAUCUCUCAUCUGUUGCAUCAAGUGUGUAUAAAGCUCUAGAUUUCGGAUUACACUUUGCUUGAAACGAAA